AUGUCUGUGAGGGAAAACCUCGCCAAUCUUGCUCAACUCAAAGUCCAAAAGGACCUAUUCGAGCUUACCAGUGAAUCUUCAGGUAUUCACCAGAAAAAAAAGAAGGGGGGACUGACGAUAGCCUUCCAAGGACCCCAAGAAAGAAUCCGGCAAGGAAGCAAAACCCAUUCGGCCAGACAUGACUACAUAAUGAACACCGUGCCCCACAGUAUUCAUUCUCCCUGGCUUAAGCACAAAACUCAAGCUACAAAGACCCAGAACCCAGCCAACCAGACCAGACAAGCCAACAGGACCACCGUGGCCCAAAAACGACCCAGAAUCAAGGACUCCGGAAGCCCUACUCGUACAGAAACCACCACUCACAGAUCUCGGCCUCGGACCUGUGAGGAAGUCAACAAGAACCCUACGAACAAAAGGUUCCAGCCAACCCUACAGCAGUGCAAGCACCACCCUCGAAUGUAUACAAACGGCAAAUACCAGAGGCAAACAGGAUUGAAAACCAGUCUAGUACCACCACAGCCAAGACUCAGAACCAAGCUAACAGGCGGAGCAUGGUGUCGAUCCCAGAGGGAAACGAUAAUCCAGUCCUUUGAAUCUGAAAGCAAAGCUUCAGGAUCGACCUUUGGUUCCGACCGCAUCGGCUUGGCUCCAGGGCCAACCGACCAACAAGAUGUCCGCUUGGUGAAGCGUACAGAUCGCAUCUUAAUGUGCGGACCUUUGAGCCGGUUCAUGACUUAA